AUGGCUGUGAAGGCAUAUGAAGAUGCGUGUAUGAGGGCAGAACUGUUCGGCCAACCCAAGCCAAAUAGAGAUGACUUUUUGUCAAAACAUAAACAUUUAGAUGUAGUAGAAUUUGAAGAAGUGGAUAUAAAAACUACAGAGAAUACAGCGAUGCUCAGUGAUGAUUUAAAAGGAGUGAGUGGAGGUCUAACCGAACUGAAUACUAUACUCAAUUCAACGCAAACGAAGCUAAACCGCUUAAGGGGAGUCUGCGGUAGCGUUACAAAUUUCUUUCGCAUCAAAUUAUCAUCGAAAGAUAAUUUAUCGUAUUCUAGUGAACCAAGUUACAUCGGACAAACAAAUUACGAUAAAGAUUAUAUACCACCAAAAAAUACAGAAAUUGGCUCUAUAAACACAGGCCUUGGUCCCAAUGACAAUGAGAUGACACCUCGCGCGGGAAAAUUAAAACAAAAUAGCGGCGAUAUUAAUUCCGCAUUAGCGGAUUUAGAAGCUAUGGAAAUAGUUGAAAAUACCUCCUUAUUAUGUAAACCAGCGGUUGCAGAUCAUCGUAAACAAGUUUCAUCUCAAGUUUUUAAGAUAAUAUAUUUACUU